AUGGGAGAAUCUGAUAGGAGAAUAGGGGGCGAGGCAGUUGAGAUCUUCGGGCCUGUAGGGCUGGACAUUGGCGGGUACGCUCUGACGCGCUACACUGGCGGGGGCCAGGCAUGCAACACCCGUGACUGCAUGUUGGCGGGGUUUGAGUUCACCUUCCCUCCUGGCACCAUUCUCACUGAUCCAGCCAACACCGGGUCUGGCGCUGGCACCGUGGUGGUUGUCUUUUCCACCAACGGCCUGCCCGUCAACGGAGCCCAGAUUGCUCUUUCGGAUGCUUCUCGAAAGGUCCUGGAUUACCUGGCGUAUGCCACAGCGGGCAACGUACCGCGCACCACUCCCGCCUCCGUGGGAGCCGCCAUGGGGCUUACCCCUGACGUCAUCACCACCCAGGAGCGUGGCGUCGAGCCCGUGGGCAUGUCGGUGCAGCGCACGGGCCGCACCACGUGGAGCACCACCAUUGGCCCCAACACGUUCGGCGCGACGUACCAGAACUACUUCACCACCGGGAACGCAAACGGAGUGCCCGUUUGUCGUCUUCUCAACGACACUGGAAAGAUCGUCUACGACGCCGGGGGGGGGUCCGGCUGCCGCGAAGGAACGCAGACCGGCGCCUAUGUGUCGCCAGUCAUGCAGCCCCCCCUGUUCGCGGACGGGCCGAGAGUCAUCGGCGCUGGAGCCCUGCCGGACGUAACCACUACGGCCGCUCUCAUAUCAGCAUAUAUUGCCACAGGCGAGCAUGAUCCACAUUUCUCGCUCGUUGGCAUCUCCAAUCAGGAUUUCAAAUUCGACUUCCAUGGACAGGACCGGCAUUCUUAUUGCAUGAUUACCAGCCCGGCCAUCCAGGUGAAUGUGAGGAUGUUCGGUCUACCGCCAACCUCCCGUGUACUCUAA